CUGAAAAGGAAGAUAGAUUAGGGUUGGUGCGUGACCGCAGAGUCCAAGGGACAACUGCUUGAGGCCGGUCACGCACGGCCUUUUUAUGAAAUGUAUUUAGAGGAUUACCUCUCUUCUUAAAGGCCCUUAGUGGGCACCCUUACUCAAGGAGACGGAAAUCCGUGAGGUAGGGGAGGUGUGACAUUUUUAGGGCCGACCUUUUCUAACCCUUCCUCCCUUGUGAGAAAGCAGCAUCACUGCAGAUGCUGGUUGUCCGAGGGAAACACCUUACUGGCAUCACACCCCUCUGCAGUCAGCAGUACGACUUCGCCCUCCGACGUUGAGUAGCUGCUUUUAGUCUGAUCGUUCUCCAAUCGACCUGUCUGGCAUGGUAGGACCUGCAGGAAUAUAUGUUGCAGCCAGUAUAGCUCGGUUGGAUCAUCACGAUAGGCAAGCCCGACCACCACGCCAAGGUAGCAGCUACGGUCUAUCUUUCUAAAGUUAUCUCACUGAAUUAUACUUCUUGAAUGACAUCUUUGAACUCUAAUCCCUGCGAUUACUUCUAAUACUUUUACUACCUCUAUUACUAUGAGAUUUGAAUCAACACUUAUAUCUCUGUGAUAAUAUGGUAUGGCAACUUGCACUGCUGUACGUACGUGCAAAGUUCUACGUUGCUAUUGAUGAUGAACUUUUGUUGAUAUUCUUUUUUUUUUAAAAUUACAGUCGUACUCAGUUGGUUAUUCACAUGUCGAAACGUUCUGGCUUAGGUGUGGUAUGUCAUAUUUGUUCAACUUUCUAGCUAAAAAUAAGAUCACUAGUGAAGAGUUAUCGAAACCUUUAAAAUUAUCAAAACCAUCUUUGGAUAGCGAUGAAGAAGAUUACAACGAUAAAGAUUGUUUUCGAUUGUAUGAAACAGAUCUAGAUGGUAUUGGAUUGUUUUGUUUACUGUAAUAAUUAUUCUACAAGGUCAAGAAGCCACAACUUUAGAAUAUGAUGAUGAAGUUAAAAUUACACCAUUUAACAUGAAAGAAGAAUUGGAAGAAGAUGGACAUUUCGAUUCGACUGGCACUUUUAUUUUCAAAAAGCAAAUUGAUACUCGUGAUCAUUGGUUAGAAGAUAUUAAUUGGUUAGAAGUUAAAAAAUAUCAAGAACAAAAUAAACUGAAAGAUACAUCAAUAAGUGAUGAACUAGGCGGUAAAGUGUUGAGUAAAGAAGAGAAACUUACAUUGUACAAAGAACUGUUAUCUUAUUUACAACCAUGUGAAACAGUUCUACGUAGCAUCAAACGUAUGGGCGCUUGUUCAGAUGUGAAAAAAUCUGCUUCAGCCAGUCAACGUUGGUUACAAAAGAGAAAACUGAAAACUGAAACUCAAACUGGUAAUCCAGAAGGAUUAAUUCGUGUCACUGAAUUAGCUGAUCAACUUGUUCAAGGUGGAGAUUUUGAUGUUUAUCAAAAAACAUUUGAUGAUAUCAAAAAAUUGAUUGAAUGUACAAAACAAUAUGAAGCAGACGAUGAACUUGAUGUUCUCGGUCAAGAAUUCGAUGAAAAACAAACAAACAAUAAAGAUGAAAUAAUCAAAUCAACUGACAAACAUGAUACUGUUACUAAUGAUCAUAAUCAUACUCAUCAUCAACAUCAACAUCAUCACAAUGACACAACUACAACCACAACCACAAUUAUGUGGCAUUUAAAACGUUCAAAUAAACCGAACACAAAGAUUGAAGGACCGUAUACUACGGAACAAAUAAAAGUAUGGCUUCAAGAUGGUACAUUCAAUCAAGAUGAUUGUAAUCAUGUUUUAUUACGUGAAUCAACAACAAAAUCCAAUGGACAAUUUUAUCAUAUUACACGUAUUGAUUUUGAUUUGUAUGAAUAAAAAUUCUCUGUUUUUGUUUGUGGUCAAUAUGUAUUCUUUCCUCUGUUGUAAAUAAUAAUGAUAGAAACAGAUUUGUAAAUAUAUAGAAAUCUCUGAUGUGUUUUGUAUUUUGUCUGUUCGGUUUUGUUUUUCUUUCAUGUCAUUCAAUUCAUGUGUAUAUUGGAAUAGAAUAUUUUAUUUUUAAUCUACUUGAUUAGUUAUUCGAUAAUAUUGUAACAUGUUGUUAGGAUAUUCACCAAAUAUCCUAAGAAUACUAUUUUUAGAACUGCAAUCCUAUUGGUCGAAUUCUAUUGGCCGAAAUUUUGAUCGUUCUUACCGUCAGGGUCAAAUACUUCAAUGUUACCUCUUAUUGGUCAUCUGGACGGUCAAUGUCAUUCAAAUGUUCUUUUCUAUUGGUCGUCCUAAAUUGUCAAUGUCACGGACGUUGAUGCUUUUUCUUAUUCGACCUUAGUGUAUAAAUACGCGCUAUCUGGAAGACUCAAUAAUUCCGUUUCCCCUGCCUACUUCUUCUGUUUACGACCCAAUAAACAUCUUCCUGCCACGGUGUUACGUUCUGAUUUCUAGGAGAUUUGGGAAAGCCUUUGGGUCGUUU